AUGUUCAAGACCAGCUACCUGCGUGAGGUGCGCAAGCAGAAGUACGAGCGCUCCGAUGUCUACGAGGAGCCCAGCAGCCCAGAAACAGAGUUGGCUCCGGCCGGCGGGCCCUCGACAGCGUCCGUCCAGGGCUGGGAGAGCCUCCAGGAGCUGAACAGCCGCCUCGCGCGUUACAUCAACCGAGCGCGAGUGCUGGAGCAGCGCAACGCUGUGUUCCGCAAACAGCUGGAGACUCUUCAGCGCAUGGAGGAGGCACCAGGGCUGGAGGAGGCAUUCAGCGAGCAGAUCAGCGCCAACAGACAGCGCAUCCGGGAGCUGUUGUCGGACCGAGCCAAGCUGGAGAGGGAGCUCAAAGAUGCAGAACGCAUGCUGGAUGAGUACAACAGCAGAUACAGAAAUGAAUGUGAAUAUCAAGAGCAGCUGCGGCACACACUGGAACAGCUCAAUAAGGAAGCCGACACGGUUCUAUUGAAAAACCUUGAGUAUCAAAUCCAGCUGCAGUUCCUGCAAGAUGACGUCAAUGCCAUCAAAGAGAGGCACAAAAAGAACCUCGCCGAAAUCCAGACGUAUCUAAACAUCCUGCACCAGAUCAACCAGACUAUUCCCCUCAUGGCGAGCACGUCCAUCUCAGAGGAUCAGGAGAGGCUGAUCGCUCAGAGUCGCAUGCCAGCGCUGCGCAGACAGGUGGAGGAGUACAAGAGCGCCAUCUGCCAGCUCCAGGCGCAGAAACUGCGGCUGCAGACCGAGACCUCUGUGUUGGAACAAACCAUCAGGACCACACAAGAGAGCUACGACGACGAGACCCAGCUGUACAACGAACAAAUCGAGACCCUCAGGAAGAAGAUCGAAGAGGCUGAGAGGUCACUGGAGAAAUACACCAACGACUGUCGACAGCUGGCCAUGUACCAGACCUCUCUGGAGAACGAGCUGGAGCGGUACAAGAGAAUCAUCGAGAACGAAGACAACAGAUUGAACUCAGCGAUAAUUGGGACACCCAUUACUUUGCUCACAGCCGAUUACAAAUACAGCCAUAGUCCUAGAAUGACCAGGAAAGGAAAAGAUAUCACCCAAGUCAUGCAAGACAUCACCAGUGUAAAACCUCGUCAGAAGUACUUGGCUAAGAAAGUAUUUAAAAAGAAAGAAAUCACAUCCAAAGGAGUUAGUGGACUUGAGAAGAAGCCAGCAGAAGAAUUUGAAGAGGACGAGAAAAGACUGAUGGAGGUGCAAGGGGUGGGAAAUGAGGAGCAUGUUCCUCGUGAGGAUGUGCCUGAUGGCGCCCAGAUCAGCAAAGCCUUCGACACACUCUGUAAAAUCAUACACGACCGCAUGAGGCGGGUACGGAGACCAGAGCCGAUUGCUGACUUCUUCACCAAGGGACGCUACGUACUAGUGACGGGCGACUCUAGCUACCUGGACCCCUGCUUCUUUUCAACCACCCCUUCUGCCAGUCACGUCUACGUCACAAUCCAAGAUGGCAUGAUGCCUUAUGAUCCGCACUGGGGAGGUACACCCUCACCUGUCCCGAGCCCCCCAUCUGGACCAACACCCACACCUUCAGGACCAGAAAAGGGAAAAGACAAGGAGGGUGGAAAUGGGGAGAGGGGAAAGUCCAAAAGUGGAGAGCCUCAUCCAAAGAUGAAAGAACCGGAACCGAGCCCCAGUCCACCGCCAGGCCCUCAUGACGACAAAGGCCCCAGCCCUCCUCCAGGCCCCAGGCAGCCCUCACCCCAACGUGGCGGCAAGGGCAAGACCCCGGACGAUCUUGGCCCUCCACCCAUGCCAUCGCCCAGUUCCAUCCCCCCUGACUCCAUGACUUACGAGAAGGUAGAAGUAGUGGAGUCAGUGGAGAAGCUCUCACCUGACAAAAAAGUGAAGGGCUAUGAAGAGACAACCACAGUGGUGGAGACCAUGAUCGAGAAAACCAGCAGAAAGAAACACGCCGAUAGAUCUUCUUGA